AGGUCGGCUCUGCCCCCAACGGUCCAAGAGUUGCUCGCGAACUUCACGCCGGCAACCAUCGGGAGAGGCGAGAGCUCUACAUGUGACCGCUGCUCGUGGUGCCUUGCCUCCUUUGCCUAGCGUCUAUUCCGCUUAAACGCACCCACUCGGCUCAGGGGACGCUCCUCCGUUUCCUUUUCCGCGCACCGCGAUCGUAUAAACGCGCGAGCAUCGUCGAGCAACAUGCGUACCCUGUUGUUAGCGGCCCUCCUCGGGCUGGUCCACGGCCAAUACUUCCAGGAGCCGGAGAAGAUCGUGAGCUACUCGCGCGAUCUCGGCGACACCCGCGGACAUUAUUCGUUCGCCUACGAGACCGCGGGCGGCAUACUCCAGCGGGAGAGCGGCAGCCGCAAGUACGCCGGCACCUCCGACGAGACGCAGCUGAUUCAGGGUUCCGUGCAGUACAACGCGCCGGACGGUACCCCCAUCGCCAUGAGCUGGACCGCCGACGAGUUCGGCACCCAGGUGUCCGGCACUCACAUCCCCACCCCGCCGCCGAUCCCGCCGGCGAUCCAGCGUGCCCUCGAGUGGAUCGCCAAGCAGCCCACCACCCCGGAACCACUCGAGAAGGACAAUCCGACCCAGAACGCGGUCCCCCACGACAAUCGCCAGUACCGAUUAUCCUCGAAUAAACGAAAUUGAACGCGAACGCGCGCGCGCGCGCGCUAAGUAACGUUAAGUCCGUCCAACGCCACUGCCUGUCCCUCUUGCCGAUUUCGUACGAUACGCAUUUGAAAUAAAAAUUUCCAUACUUUUAUAAAAAUUACGAAAGAAUGUGAAUCGCCAGUAGUUAAUUAACAGUAAACAGAAUUGUUAGACAUUAGGCCGGCAGACGGUUUAUUUGUUCGAUUCCGACGUUUCGACCACACGGGUUGUGGUCCUUUUCACGCAAUUUGAUAAUAAAUAUUACGUCAUCGAUGUUAAAUUAAUAACGGAGGUUUAAUAUCUAUCUCUGGGCGUCACUCGGAGAACUGUGUUCGAAAGUACAUCCAUCCGACGUAACGACCGCAGUAGGACAUCAGAUGAUGUCAAUGGAUGUGGGAUCUGGGCGUCAAUGGAUGUCAAACCUCCGUUUUUAAUUUAAUAUCGAUGACGUAAUAUUUAUUAUCAAAUUCCUCGAAAAGGACCGCAACCCGUGUGGUCGAAACGUCGGAAUCAAACAAAUAAAUCAUCUGCCAGCCUAAUGUCGUCUAACAAUUUUUUUUACUGUUUUUUUAUAAACAUUCCCGAGAGCACUGUCUCAGCAGAGACGGAUCCUG